GUGGGCCAGCAAAUUGGUAUCUGAAUCACCAUUUUGUUGGUUUUAAAAUCAACGUUUUGGCUGGGACCGCAAUCAUUUGGGAAUUGGGGACUAACGCGGCCAGUGUAUCUAUAUCCAGACUGAUAAUUUUUAGUCACUAGGUGUUUAGGUGCUGAUUUAUUUUUGGGAGAGAUAACGCAGACUGGAUUUUUGAUUAAAUUUAUUUUUGUUGUUAACCGCAAACGCGGUUGGUUAAUCCCUUCAAGUAUAAGUGAGAAACAAGUGGAAGUUACUAUUGUUUAUACGAGUCUUUUUGUGUGUGAUGUGACGUUUGAAUUGGUAAGGCAACUUAGUCAACAAAAAAACUUGAUACCUAGUUAUCACGUACCUUAAUUUUGGAAAAAAAAAUAGAAAAAAAAUCAACUUAGAACGAUAGAAACGAAGAAAAGGAAAACUAACUCAAUCUCGACGCAAGAAACUCAAUGUUUAAUUAAUCACUUACACCUUCCUACAUUCGAGGUUUUGUUAAAAUAGAAGACAGACGAAAAGAAUCGCGAAGAUGCAUAUAGAAGUACAAGUAGCUUUGAAUUUCGUGAUAUCGUACCUGUACAACAAACUUCCCAGAAGGCGCGUCAACAUUUUUGGGGAGGAGUUGGAAAAAGCUUUAAAAGACAAAUUCCAGGGUCACUGGUAUCCAGACAAACCAUUCAAAGGCUCAGCGUUUAGAUGCUUGAAGACCGGAGAUCCCAUUGACAAGGUCCUUGAAAGAGCUGCUAGAGAAAGUGGCGUUCCAAUCCAGGAUAUCCUGGAAAAUCUUCCCCAAGAAUUAGCCGUUUGGGUCGAUCCCGGCGAGGUCAGCUACAGGAUUGGCGAGAAAGGUGCUGUGAAAAUUUUGUUCAGCGAAAAGGCUGAUCCACAGGAUGAUCAUUCUGCUGACAGGGAGGUAACAAAAACCUUCAACCCGGAGGCUCAGUGCUUCAGGCCGAUCGACUCUGUGAGUUGCAGCCUAAGCAACCUCAGCUUAUCUCCCAGCAAGUCGUUGACACCAUUCAAUGGGGUUCCAAAUGGAAACAUCAAUCAAGCUCCCCCUCAGAUUCAGGGGCAGAUUGUGCAACCUAAUUGCAACCAGGUGAUUCCAAACAAUCCCCUUUUAGCCACAAACUCAUCUGCGCCGUCCCCCACCUCGAUGGGCAAUUCUUUCAAAGGCUCACCAUCGCCGGUGCCAGCUUUCAUACCCCGCACCACUACUCCGCUUACCUUUACUACGGCGACAUUUGCUCAGACGAAGUUUGGUAGUACCAAGCUGAAGACUAGCAGCAAAAGAGCUAACAGGAUGUCCCCCACUGAAUUCUCCAACUACAUCAAGCAGCGCGCUAUGCAACAACAACUCCACCAGCAACCUCCUCACCAUUCUCCAGGAAGUCGCGCCCUAUCUCCUGACCCUUCAGCUUACUACUUCCCACCGCACGGUCACUAUCCUCCACAAUUCCCUCCGCGUUCGAUGUUCGAGUCUUCCAAUCAGUUUCUUAGUCCCGACUUGUACCCGGGCAAGAACAAUUUAAAUUUCCCCUUCGAUAACUCCCAAUUCAGUCCAUUUUAUCCCAACAAUGGCGGCAUGAACAUGCCCCCCAAUGCUCCCAAUCCGGCACAAAACAAUAAGGACAUGCUGGAAAAUAACUGGACUUACGCCACCACUGGCAAUUAUCAACACCUUUUGGUGGCCAACUGAGGGUCCUCAUAGGCGGAGGAUCUUAGAUGGAAGGGUACCUCAUCUGACCCUAGCGAUUCUAUUGUCUCUUUCUGCGUUGGUAGGCUAACGCACGUCGAUGGAAAAUGUCUUUCAUAAUGCAAGAUAACUAACCCUGGUAGAUCUUACAGCCAGAAUGUAAUGGUAACAUUAGAUGUUUUCUUUGUUUAAAUCAUUUGGAAUGUAGUUUUGCUAUAUUUACAUUUCGGUGUUUUUUUUUUUAUUCUAUAAAUAUACAUCACAUAAAAAUGAGACUCAUUGUUCAUACAAAACUUGAACCGAUGCUCGUCAUAAGCGAAUAAACUGGCUAUGUUGCAGGUUGUCACGGAAGUGCAAAUUUUUCCUUCAAAAUCAAAAUAGGAUUAGGAAUAUGAUUAUUAUAAUCACUUUCGAUACUAUGCCAUUUGGUGUAUGAAAUAUGAAAAUAUAGACUACACGGUUAAAUACAUCACAAAGAUAAAUAGGAAAAAAAAAAGAUUCUUACAUCAGAAUUAUCUCAAAUUUGGUAUAAACUGUUUUUAGAGAGAAAUAAAAUACAAACGUAACAACAAAUAAAGCAAUCUCUGUUGACAUAUUUCCCAAAUUCGGUCGCAACGAACAUUACAUUUUAAAGUAGUUCCACAAAGUACCAUUUAUUGAUUAUUUUGUUCCUCGUAAGUUCAAGAUGUGCAUCGGUUAUAGUUUUGUUGAAAGUUCUCUAAACGCAUUAACAAAUUUGACCAUAGAAACAUUUUUGUUUUCAAAAUUCAUCGAAAAACGUCUAUAAAUUACCAAUAUGCAUUCUGAAUUCCCCGGAAUCUUCAACAAUACCAACGGAUAUAAAUAAUAUUCAAAUACCACCUUCUAAAUAACCGAAAUAGAAAUCACAAACACCCAAUUUUUUCUUUGAGUAUCUUUAGUUGAAAAGUUCCUACUUUUAUAUUUGCUUCAUAAAAUUAAUUUUUGUAAUCAAAAAUGAUGAAUUGUAAAUAUACGUAGUAUAAGUUUUCUUUUUUAGAAAAAAAAAAGUUCCAGUUCUCUUGGAACAGUGAUCUCUCUAAUGUUAAAAAUAAUUUGUAAAUAUCGUAGCUUAUAUUAUUUAUACAUAACAUAAUAAAUAUUUUUGUAGCGAAAAUAUAGUAUUCUCACCAACCAGUCAGUACUAACUGAGAGACAUAUAUUUUUCUUAAAAAUUUCACUUAUGAAGGUCUACACAUAACUUUUUAGUGUAAUAUUUUAAUAUUAACUAUGCCCAACAGAACAUCACUAAAUUACAAUUGAUGGUUCAUAGAUAAAAUAUUGCAUGUGCACGAGUUUGAAACAAAAUCAUUGAAUUAUAUAUAACUGUUGGGUGUCUUAAUAUUGAUUUUUAAAUGUAGGUUAUUUUUUAUACGAGAAGCAAACUGAAAACUAGAACAUCACGAUGCUUUUAUAUCUCGAGAAAAGACAGUAGAAUCGCGCGCCAAAAUAUUAGUAAUAAUUCAUAAAACUAUUACCCUUAUAAAAUAAUAAGAUCCCUUGAAGAUGCUUGAUACUUUUUAGAUUUUUAUAAAUCGUAGUAGUUAUAGACAUUUAUAGAUGUUUCUUACUUUAUAUAUGGUGUUUACAGUAUUCAAAUUAUAGAUGUAGAGUGUUUCCUAAAUUUUUUAUAUUGAAUGAAUUUUUUAUUUUUGUAUGAGAAGCUCAAGCUAAAGUCUAGUCCCAUUAAAAAAAAAGAUCGUUUAUUCUACAUGUUAUAUCCAAUUAGUGAGUUGGCAUAUCACGAUAUCGUUACAAAAAAAAAAAGAACGCUAAGAACUAUUGGAUUCUUCUUUACUUUUUAACAAUAUUUGCACAAGGUUGUGUAUGAUACACCUAAAAAUUGUGUAAAAUUAUCGGAAGUAACGAAGGAAUAAAACAAAGACAGAAAAAGAAGCCAAGUUCAUGCAUUUCUCUCAAAUAUGGCAAGAACUGGAACGGAAAAUCUUAGUUCUCUUCCAUAUCAAUGCAAUAAAAUGAUCUGUUUUAAGAUUGUGAUAUUUUUUUUUUAACUUUUUUAUAUACGCAAAAUGAUGUCGUCGGUACGCUAUUAUAUGCUAUGAACGUGGCUUUUUGAAAAAGGUCGUUUCACAAUAAACUAUAACGCUAAUUUGUAGUGGAACGUUCCUUGCUCCAGUAUUGCAUGUUAGUAAAACGAACCCGAUUGGGACCUAGAUUAUGCUUAGUUUUUUCUGGGUUUUUAAGAAUAUGCUUUUUUUUACUGCUUGCUUUUUUGUUACUUUUUCACUGAACGUUUAUUUUUUACUUGUAAUUGUUGACUUGAAUAUAUAUUUUGUUAUGAA